AUGGUCAACAAGCUUUGCCCUGAAACAACAGCGUUGAUUCGUUUGUACAAAAAUGAAACUGAACUGAGCUACAGAAAAAUUGCUGCGCGAUGUGAAGUGUCUAAGUCAGUUGUUCAUAAAAUCUGCAACACGAAAUUGCGUCGGAAGUUGGUGCCUAAAAUUUCAAAUGGUAGAUUUGGACGACCAAGAUGCCUUAACGAAAGGGAUGAAAGAUUACUAUUGCGAGCUGUUAAGACGUUACGAAAGACGUCAGUGAACUUCUCCGUGAAAGAUGUUAUACAGGAAAGUGGACUGGAUCCAAGCAUUGCAAAGCGAAGGACGAUUUCUCUUUAUCUUAAUCGCGCCGGUUAUCACCAUUUACAAGCAAGAAAAAAAGGAUUAUUAAGUGAAUCUGACAAAAAAAUUCGAACCAAAUAUGCACGAAAUGCCAAAAAAUUACUUAAAGACUAUCCUAAGUUCUACACACAUGACAUCUCAUUCUAUCUAGACGGCUUUCAUUUGUUCACAAAUACAAUCCACUUAAAACAGCCCUGCAACCGAAAUCGCGUGUGUUGA